GGGGCAUUUAAACGUUCAGUCAGUCGUGUAUGGUUUAUUCAGCGAAGCGUUUACCGUGAAUUUUUGGGUUAUCGAAAAAUUUUCUCGUACCACGCUUUGGCGCCCUUUUUUAAUUCGCAACGCGCCAAAUUAGACGGUUCGCUGAUGUAGCGUGAAACCAAAUUAAUCGGUGAUAUGGUGUGUAUUCAGGUACACACAAUCGAACACUUGUUUACACUUUAAUUACCUUAUUCGACCGAAAUCUUCGUCGCGUAAUUAAUUUUUCAUUUUCUUUUACAAGUUUCGUUGUUGGUUUUUUUCUUCGUACAUAUUUUGGUCAUUUUUUGUCGUUCUGAAAGAUUCGCGUUUCGAAGUUUUUCACGCCGGACUCGAGAGGCGAUUGUAUUUUUCAUUCAAAUGAUUUGGUUAACGUUUCUCGCGCAUUCGUUAUCUUCGAUUUGAAAGUUUUUCUCGGUGGUUAAGUUCCUCGAAGUUGAAAACGAUCACGUUUUGUGAUUGCAAAAGCAUCGUCGGCUAUAUAAGUGUCUUGUGAAAUCCUUCUGCGACCAUUAUGAUACGGAAUAAAGUGAAAAAUAAAUCUUAAAAUCUGGAAGAAGACGCUUGUACGAUUAUUUUCAUUCGUGUAUCGUGGAACAUAAGAAUCGGCACCGUGGGUGCUGUAACGGAAAGCGCACUCGGGUUGAGUUUGACCGUCAAGACGCUGUUCGGGCCUGGCGUGGGGGUGGGGUCUUUCCCCAGGGACGUGGCCACCUCCUGUGUUGAUGCUUUCUGGAAAAUGCCUCACAAAGAAGAUCCUGAGCAUUGCAAUAUGGCUGCAGCUAUGGCUCAAAGCUCAACGUUGUUCGGCUGCUCGUCAGCUGGCCAUAGCGGCAUCAAUCAACUGGGCGGUGUAUACGUGAACGGCAGACCUUUACCAGAUUCAACCAGGCAGAAAAUUGUAGAAUUAGCCCACUCCGGAGCGAGACCUUGUGAUAUUUCUAGAAUACUUCAAGUUUCAAAUGGCUGUGUAUCAAAAAUUUUAGGCAGAUAUUACGAAACCGGUUCGAUAAAACCGCGAGCGAUAGGCGGAUCAAAGCCUCGCGUGGCGACGAAUGGCGUCGUAGCUAAAAUUGCAUCUUUUAAACGAGAGUGCCCUUCCAUCUUUGCGUGGGAAAUCAGAGAUAGACUGCUGGCCGAAGGUGUUUGUACCAACGACAACAUACCAAGCGUGUCUUCCAUAAAUCGCGUUCUUCGAAACCUAGCCGCGCAAAAAGAACAACAAGCAACGGCAGCUCAAAACGAAUCUGUCUUCGAGAAACUACGGAUGUUCAACGGACAAUCGCCUGGUUGGUCAUGGUAUCCGGGAACGACGCCAACAGCAGCUCAUUUCGGAUUACCACACAAUCCUACUUCAUCUUCGCACACUUCAGGCCAAACAGUAAAAGAAGACAUAAUCUUGAAAAGAGGUAAUGAUGUAUCGGCUCACGAGAGCGCUUCUGAAGGUAACUCCGAACAUAAUUCUUCGGCCGAUGAAGACUCUCAACUUAGAUUAAGACUUAAACGUAAAUUACAAAGGAAUCGAACCUCGUUUACCAAUGACCAAAUAGAUAAUCUAGAAAAAGAAUUCGAAAGAACUCAUUAUCCGGAUGUUUUUGCCAGAGAAAGGUUAGCGGAAAAAAUUGGAUUACCGGAAGCACGUAUACAGGUUUGGUUUAGUAAUAGAAGAGCGAAAUGGAGACGAGAAGAAAAGCUCAGACACCAAAGAACGAACAGAAGCGGUGGUGGAAACGUUGUCGACAAUGUUCCUCCUGUAUCUUCGGUCAGUCCACCGGCACCGAAUUCAAGACUUUCUUUAAAUCAUACGUUUAAUCCGAUGUACGGUUCGAUUCCACAACCGAUGGUUUCAAUGGCUGAUACUUACAACAGUAUGUCGGGAGCAGUGAGUUCGCUGAGUACUAUGACAAGUAGCUGUCUUCAACAGGCCAGAGAACACCAUCAUCACCAUCACACUAGUUACCCUUACAUGUUCCCAGACCCGUUACACACGCUCAGUCCCAGUUACGCGCACGCUGCCCGAGUAAAUCCUGCAAUGGCACAUUCGCAGCCGCCUACCACCGCCCAUCAUCCCGCUGCUUAUACUCCAUCUCCUGGAUCCACCGGAGCUCCUACAGCCACUGGUACAGGAGUGAUCUCAGCUGGCGUUUCGGUUCCUGUACAAAUUCCAAAUCAAAGUCACGAUAACCAUAAUUACUGGCCUAGACUUCAGUGAUCUCAACUUUUUGGGUUUCCGACCACCUCAUUGCUGACUUCUCUGACGCCUUCGUCGUUCAACAUGAGGUCUCCGAAUUUACCCGGAACCCAAAAAUCUAAUUAGAAUAAGAGUUUUAUUUAUUUUUUUCUACUCUAUGUGUACAUUUUUAGCUACGCGUUUUCCCACCACGACGACGACGAGGACGAAUCAAAUCGCGUGUAAAUAAUUUAUUUUUUCCCAGUUUUUUCGCGACGACGUAGUGUGUAUGUAUUCGACGAAACGUGUCUGAAUAUUGCAUGUCAAUUUUAUAUACUCGAAAACGACGAAAAAAUAUAUGAAAAAUCAUAAAGUAAAAUCAAUAUCAUUUUUUCCCCCUUCCUUUCUCGUUUGACGCUUUAUAUUCGCUUCGUUUUAUUUUUCGUUUUUAUUAUUAUGUACUUUUAUUAAUGUACGAUUUUAAAACAUUUUUUCUUUGUUUUUUCCCCUCUCUCUCUCUUUCUCUCUCUUUUAUUUAUUCUUUCUGUAUAAUCAUUAUAGUGCGUAAGAAAAUUUUACGCGUGUAAAUAAAUUUUGUAAAACGUUAACUUAUAUAAAUUUGAAAUAUUAUACGCGAACCCUUUGAAAGACUUUCAAUUUUAUUUUUUUCUUGCGUAUAAAAAUUAUAUAAGUCAUAAUAAAUUUUUUGUAUACCAAAUUCUCAUGUAUCUUAUAGUGUAUACCCUCCCCCCCUCCGACCCCUCUUCUAAUUUCUUCCCAAUUUCAUGCUCACCUUUCUUGAAAAACUAUAUACUACAUACAAGGCGUUAAUCGUAGAUACCAUUAUACGAAACUCAUCGCCAAUAUAUUUGGUAAUUUCAUAUACAGAAUAUUGCAUCCUUUUUUAUUUCGUGUUUCCUGAAAAAAAGCAAAAAAAAAUUGGAAAUUAAUUUUAUUUUUUAUGUAAGACCCAUGUGCAAUUACACGGUGCAAAAGUAAUCCAUUACUGUAAUUUCGUACCUUGGCAAUAUUUUGUUAUGUAUUUGUGAUUCGUAUCUACGAGUACCUACGUAAGUCGACUCGAUAUUAUUCUGUAGAAUGUGUAAUACCUUUUAAUUUGUAAUUGUGGAAUUAAAUUUAUAAACGUA